AUGUCUGGCGCCGACUCAACGACAGCAUCCAUCACUUCCAGCAUCCUUCAGUACCGGACCAUUCACGGUCGCACUUAUCACAGCGAGCAGGGCGACGCUCAAUAUUGGGGAUCGAAUGAUGAUCAGCAAAAAGACUUGAUGGAUCUCACCCAUCAUAUUCUUACCCUCGGUCUUGGUGACAAGCUUCACUUGGCCCCGUUGAAGAAGGAAAACGUCCAACAAGCGAUUGACAUUGGCACCGGUACAGGAAUCUGGGCCAUCGACUUCGCCGACCAGUACCCGAACGCCACCAUCGUCGGAACAGACCUGUCGCCCAUCCAGCUGUCGUGGGCCCCACCAAACCUCCAAUUCACCAUCGAAGACUGUAGUCGUGAGUGGACCUUCAAGAGUGAUUUCACGGAUUACAUCCACGCUCGGUGGCUUAUGGGCAGCAUUGGGAACUGCGAUGCGUUUUUCUGGAAAGCUUUCAGGAACCCGAUUGGCGACUGGCCUGAGGAUCCUGUUGAGAAGCAAAUGGGCAUCUACACCAAGCACGGUCUUCAGAAGGAUAGCGAGGGCUUUGUUCUUUUCAUGGCACAUACUCUUGGUUGGACCAGAGAAGAAAUCCUGGAUUAUGUUGGACAAUUCCGAAAGGAGAUUGGAACUGGAAAAUCAUCAUGGCUACUUUGCUCAGAAGGUUGUCUGGGGUCAAAAGCCCGAGGCAUCUGA